CCGUGCGCCCCUGUGUGUGUUUAAAGCGCAUUCUCUGCAGCGCUUAGGCGGCCACGAGACUUCGGACAUCGGUGCACAAAACCAUCGCCACGUCAAUGACUUGACAGGUCAGCUGUAAGCUUGAGGCCCCGGGACACCGAGGACCACCUCUCCUCCCCAUCCGACAUCCAACAAGUGGACUGAUCUACUUUGGGGAAACCACACAGUUUUUCACCGUCGACACAGAGCCCCCCCCCCUUUUUCUUUUCUCUCAAUGGAACUUUCCAAAGAACUAUUUUUACAUGUUAUCAUUUACCUCGCAAACUGUAAAAGUUGGAUGUAAGUUUUUUUCUUUCUUUUUUUAAAUUUACCUUCAUUCGGUGAUGCUUUGGGUCGCAGAGGAGGGGUGCAUGCAAAUGGGAGCGACCAUCUGCAGGAGAAGAAACUGAACCAAAGAUGUCUACAUUGCUUUGCCACCCACACGAAAUCGAUUGUAUUGCACUGAAGAAGCUGGCUCGUCGUAUAAAGCGGGACGCAUGAGUCCCAGAAAGACGGCGCUGAACGCGAUCUGCUGGCUGAGUCUCACCCACCCGCAAUCCCCAACACCGCCUGCAGAUUUCUGCUGAAGACAACUGUGUCCACUUCCCGGGACAUAAGCAUCUCUUCUCUCCGGAACCUACAGUGAAGCCAUGCAGGUGGAGAGGAAAUGGCACAUACUGUUGACCAUCUUUCUUCUGCUCCUCACCUCGGGCCAGUGUAUGGACAGCAGGGAGGUCAAGCAAAAAGAGAGGAGGACCUUAUUGGAUCUAAUCUUGCAAGUUAUUGAGGAAGGACAGCAACGGGACGAGCCCAUCUCUAAGCGCUAUAGCAGUGGAUUCUUCACGGCAGCCCAAGAAAUAAGUUUCUCCUCCCGCGAAAAGCCUUUCAUUGUUCCUAGGCUGGAUAACAGUAGACCCAUAGAGAUUGUUCCUAGAGAUGUAAACUUAAAGGAUAAAUUCAUUCAGCAUUUCACAGCAGGACCGGUCAAGUUCUCAUCGGAGUGCAGAACACACUUUCACAGACUCUAUCACAACACAAGGGAUUGUUCAAGACCAGCAUACUACAAACGAUGUGCAAGAUUGCUAACGAGAUUAGCAAUGAGUCCCCUCUGCACGCAAUCCUAGAUAUUGCAUGUGAAAGAUGAUCAACGAGGGAUCAGCGAGUUGCCAAGGAAGUGCCUUCGAAGCCACAAACAGUCACGAGAACUUUGUUCUAAUUGUUUAUAUUGUUUGUAUUUUUGCUGUUGAUAUUGAAAACACUGCCAGACUAUUUGUUUUGAAUAGUUUUUUCUUUUUUUUCUUCAAUGUACCGCGUAUGUACCAAUGUAUUUCGAAGAAACAUUAAUUUAAUACCAAUUAUCCCUAUUUAUUUAAAUGGUAUGUACACAAUCAUUCAAAAGAGAUGACUGUCUUGGAGAAGGUGUUGCCCAAUGUAGAGGAGAGGGUUAUCUUGGAUAUUUCUCGUCAUGUGCAGAUUGUCCUUUCAGUGUCAUCAUCGUCUCUGUUGUGGUCUUAAACAUCUGUCAUUCUCUUGGUUGUCCUCAUCACAUUUCAUUUGGCACUUGAGUGACUUCAGACAAUGACAACAUGUAGGAAUGGCGGAAGUGGUGAUGAUGCACAGCAGUGUUGAACAAUAAAGAUUAUUGACGCAAAGCUUAUUUUGACAUUAUUGCAGCAUGCAUGUGUGUGUAUGUGCAUGUGUGUGUGUGUGUGCAUAGGGAGAUGUGGUGUCAGAACAGCCCUUUGGAAACUGGAAAGUAUUACCAGUGCAGGAUUUAACUCCUUAACUCCACCGGGCAGAUGAAGUGCAUGAGAAUAGACUCUCUAUUAACUAAGAAAGAAAAUAAGAGUUUGUUAAAAAUAAACCAUUUGAUAAAUGACGGUCUUGUAUUUAGCAACACGAGACCUGAUUUCUAUUUCCCAUAGCCAUGUUGCAAUUACAGUGCGCUGGCAAAUUCUUCAUUCGUUGUCACUGGCAUCCUCCCCCUGCUCGUUUAUAGAGGGAUUUUAUCUUAUUUUAAGUCUCAUAACGCUUAUUUCAAGAUAUUGCUUGUAAAAUGUUCUUAUACCACUGGCAGAUAUUGCUGCUUGUUUCAAGAUACAGUAUUUGUCUCUUGAUAGGACUUGUUGUGAGACAUUUACUGGAAUAAAAACAAGAUGAUCUCAAAUCAAGUUUCUUGUUAUGAGAUUUAUUUUCCAGUCAGGUGAAAAUUCCUCAUAAAAUCAGUACUUUCUUACCCCAUUGACCUUUAAUAUUGAUGGUUUCAAGAGACAGUCUACUUGUUUCAUGAUUAUUAGAUGUGUUAUGAGGAAUUUUCACUCAGUGAGAAAAGAAAUACUAAAACAGGACACUUGAUUCGAGGUAAUCUUUCUUUUUCUGACUUGAAACAAGUCCUGUUAUGCUGAAACAAGCACACACUCUUGUAAAGACAAAAUUUUAUCUGCCAGUGAGGUGAGAAACCUUUAUCGUGAGACUUUAAACAAGAUAAAAUACCUUGGUAAACUUGUAUUUUUCUUUGCA